UGACGCAGACAAAGGCAACCGGAAAUGUGACUCCAUAGUUUUCGUGAAAUGGCUGAUUUGUAUUCAUGUGAAAUCGUUUGUUUUCUUCAACCGUUAACUUUUGUAUUCUCAAACUUUAAUCGGUCAUUUUCCAUACGACGUUUGGUGCAUCUACAUUAACGUUUUUAAAAUGUUUCCCGUUCAAGAAAUCGUCGCUACUAAGACCUGGCGGAGCAACAACAGACUGUAUUCCGACGUAAGCUGGUCAUUUUAAGCAAAUGCGCCUCAGAAAAAAGUUUAAUCGACACGAGGCGCGUCUGCUAUUAUAUGUUUACCUUGUGCAUUCCGAUUGCACGCGUUUGGAUUGCCUUUAUUAAAGCAUUUCCACCAUAUACCUUUACAUGUGGUCCUCGCCGGCAGAUAACCGGACUGAUUUAGCUCGCAGGCUAACUUUGCUAAGCUAACCGCCUGCUAUUCCAGACAUGGAGGUCCACGUCUCAAGCCUUUUCCCCGAGAUUCUGGCUAUGAUUUUCAACUACCUGGACGUGAAAGGCAAAGGCAGGGUUGCGCAAGUUUGCAUUGCGUGGAGAGACGCCUCGUACCACAAAUCCGUCUGGAGGGGAGUGGAGGCAAAACUCCAUCUGAGGCGAGCAAACCCAUCACUCUUUCCCAGUCUCCAGACCAGAGGGAUCAAGAAAGUUCAGAUACUCAGUUUAAGACGCAGCCUCAGCUAUGUUAUCCAAGGGAUGCCGAACAUAGAGAGCCUUAACUUGAGUGGAUGCUACAAUUUAACAGAUAACGGCCUCGGUCACGCUUUCGUGCAGGACAUAAGCUCGUUGCGAAUACUGAACCUCAGCCUUUGCAAACAGAUCACGGAUUCCAGUUUGGGCAGGAUCGCGCAGUAUCUGAAAAACCUGGAACUGUUGGAUCUGGGUGGAUGUAGUAAUAUCACAAACACGGGGUUGUUGCUGGUCGCCUGGGGUCUGCACAAACUCAAAAGCUUGAAUUUGAGAAGCUGCAGGCACGUGUCCGAUGUGGGCAUCGGGCAUCUGGCUGGCAUGACCCGCAGCGCCGCAGAGGGCUGCCUCAGUUUGGAGCAUCUGACUUUGCAGGACUGUCAGAAAUUGACAGAUCUGUCACUCAAGCACAUAUCCAAGGGCUUAAACAAGCUGAAAGUCUUGAACUUGAGCUUUUGUGGCGGGAUCUCGGAUGCAGGGAUGAUCCAUCUAUCGCACAUGACCCAGCUGUGGACUCUCAAUCUGCGCUCGUGCGAUAAUAUCAGCGACACGGGCAUCAUGCAUCUUUCAAUGGGCUCUUUGAGGCUUUACGGGCUUGACGUGUCGUUUUGCGAUAAAGUGGGCGACCAAAGCCUGGCUUACAUCCCCCAGGGUCUCUAUCAACUCAAAUCGUUGUCGCUUUGCUCGUGCCACAUCAGCGACGACGGGAUCAACAGGAUGGUGCGACAGAUGCACGAGCUCAAGACUUUGAACAUUGGUCAGUGCGUGCGCAUCACAGACAAGGGACUUGAGCUCAUAGCUGAUCAUUUGACUCAGCUGACCGGGAUCGACCUGUACGGCUGUACCAAAAUCACAAAAAGAGGACUCGAGAGGAUCACACAGCUUCCCUGCCUUAAGGUGUUGAACCUGGGACUUUGGCAGAUGACGGAGGUCAAGGGGUUAGGCGACGCCUCCGAGAUUUUGCCAUGCUACACUUCCUAAUGUUUACUCUACCUCAGUGUUGCCAGAGAUGUCUUCAUUUUCUAUAGACAUGUAUUAGACAAGGUAUUUUAAGAUGCACGGUCUCGUGUACUUUUAUGAAGCCUGUUUGCAGAAGAGGCUUUAAGUAGUUCAAAUUGAAUCAGCAAUAAAAACACUGAACAGCC